AUGCCGAGUGAGGUUAAUACCGAAAACUUCAAUCUGCUAAAGUUAUUGUUGGCGGAGACGAGAUUGAACAACAAACUUCUAACAGAAAAAGUCGAAUGGCUAGAGCAAACCAUAAUAGGAAAGGAUGAAGUGAUUAAAAAAUUAGAGUGCAACGUGGUUUUACAUAACCCAAAUCAUCAAAUUACUAAACCUAAGGUAUGCAACCCAGUAAACACCGUUAGUACAAGAAAGAAGUCUACCACGCAAGCACCUCAAGCAACUACAAAAGAAGAAGAAGAAGAAGAGCAGGAAGCUGUCAAAACAAAAGAUCAAAACAACGAAUAUGAUUGGACUAAAGUAAAUAGAAAACCUAAACGAAAGAUUAUGAGAGGCACUGCAACAACCAACCAUGAGUUUGCUGCUGCAGAUCGUAAAGCGUGGUUAUAUAUAGGCGGCUGCAAAAAAGGUACCGAAAGUAAACAAAUAAUAAAAUAUCUAGAAGAAAAACACCAAGAGACGAGUUUUAUAGUUGAAGAAAUUCCAAAACGUAGUGAAAACAAGAGCCAAAAUAUGUCCUUCAAAGUUGGUUUUCCGCUUUCAUUGCUGGAGGAACUAAACAAGCCGGAAUUCUGGCCUAGGGACAUUAUUAUCAGGAGAUUCAAGUUUUUUCGAAACACAGCAGCAGCAGAGUUUAAAUAAUACAUCAUCUAAUACUUUUAAUAUAAUUAACUUUAAUAUACAAGGAAUUUCAUCUAAGAUCGAGGGUUUAAGACACAUAUUGAGGGAAGAAAAUAUUAAUGCAGCUUGUAUAACCGAACAUUGGCUAAAAGAGGAACAUGCUUCAAAAUUUAUAAUAAAUGGUUACAACAUAGUAAGUCAUUUCUGCAGAAACCAUUUUAUACGUGGAGGAAGCCUUAUCCUGC